GAUUUCGGAGCUUGAGGCCCGCAAAUUUGCCGAAGAGAAUGGAAUCACUAUAUUUCUUGAGACUUCUGCUAAGUCAGGCGACAAUGUGCAAGAAGCAUUUUUGACUGGCGCUAGGGCCGUGCUGGAGCGUGUCCGCUCAACAAAUAUGAUGGAAAUCUGUGCUCCGGGAAACCAGGCUGGUACUGCCUACCUUUCGACCAACCGUAGCAUGGGCCCAUCAAACAAUAAUUGCUCUUGUUGA